AUGGAUGCUAUCCGUGAUAUAACCAAAGAAUAUUUUCGCACUGACCUGCCUGCUUUGCAAGUCGGUGACAAAGUAGAAAUUACUACUAAAAAUUUUAAUAAAAAUGAAAAAAGUUCAAAAGACGAGAAGCCAAAAUAUCGGUUGACCCAUUUUAAAGGCACU